AUGAAGCGCCGCAAGAUCGUGUGGAACAAGCGGGCUGAGUUGCUAAAGCAGGAAAGUUCUCAUCACGGUAAGGCGAUGAAAACGCUGGUUCGUGUUAUCUGCGACGACGGUCUUGGCAGUCGUCGUGCAGUUGCACAGAAAGUCCUGUCCCGAUCCUUGGCAGCCCCGAAGCCGCGGAUUUCUUCGUUGCCUCUGAGUGAAUCAACGAAGUCUGGAUUCGUCGUUUAUGAGUUCACGAGCCAAGUGGCUCGGUCGAUGAUUUGCGUACCUGAUCAGAAGAGGAUCCCUGUGCGAUACCUUGAUGAUCCGGCCGAGCUGUCAUCGGAUGAACGGCUCAGCGAGAUCUCCCACCUCUUGGCCACCGGUUUUCUUCGGCUGGUGAACACGUCUUCUCUGCCUCCGGAACAGCGGCAGUCCUCUCACCCGGAUUUCCCCGGAAAUGACUUGAGAACCUUCGUGGCGCUGAACAUUACCAAGGAGGUCAACGCAAUGAAGCGGAUGACCGUCCGGGAACUGCGGGAUCGGUACGUCGAGGUCUUCGGCGAGGCCACAAACUGCCGGAACAAGGACUGGUUCGUCAAACGCAUCGCUUGGCGACUGCAGGCUAACGAGGAGGGGGAUCUCUCUGAGCGGGCUCGGCUUAGGGCGGCGGAGCUGGCCAACGACGCGGAUCUAAGAGUCACCGCGCCCCGAGAAUCGACGCGAGCCUCGCAGGAACGGGUGCCCCUGGGACCCCGACCUUGUAGCGACGAUCGACUGCCCCUCCCUGGGACGUUGCUGACCCGCGACUACAAGGGCCGGCUGAUUGAGGUGAAGGUCCUACAGAGCGGCUUCGAGUUCGAGGGCGAGCUCUACAAGUCGCUCAGCGGAGUGGCCAAGGCAGAGAAAGGCCAGAUGACGCGAAACAAGAAACGAGAAUCCAGGCCAUCGGUGCGAUGUGCGAUCUACACCCGCAAGUCGACCGAGGAAGGCCUGGAGCAGGAGUUCAACACACUGGACGCCCAGCGGGAGGCCGGCGAGGCCUACAUCCGCAGUCAGCAGCAUGAAGGCUGGGAUUGCAUACCGGACCACUACGACGACGGUGGCUUUACGGGCGGCAAUAUGGACCGUCCCGCCUUGAGAAGGCUGAUGGCCGACAUUGAAGCCGGUCGUGUUGACUGCGUGGUUGUCUACAAGGUCGAUCGUCUCAGUCGUAGCCUGCUGGACUUCGCACGCAUGAUGGAGGUAUUCGACCAGCGCAAGGUGUCGUUCGUCAGCGUCACCCAGCAGUUCAAUACGGCAUCCUCGAUGGGCCGCCUUAUCCUGAAUGUGCUACUCUCCUUCGCCCAGUUCGAGCGUGAGAUGAUCAGUGAACGCACUCGAGACAAGAUUGCCGCCACGCGACGCAAAGGGAAAUGGUCUGGUGGAAUGCCGGUCCUGGGUUACGACGUGGUGGAAUCCAAGCUGGUUGUGAAUCAGGAAGAAGCCGACCGUGUGCAACAGAUCUUCGAGAUCUACCUGGAGAGCCGGUCGCUGCUGGCCACGGUCAAGGAGCUGAACCAACGUGGCUGGCUCACCAAGUCCUGGACGACGAGGAAAGAGACUCGCCGAGGUGGAAAGCCCUUCAACAAGACCCUACUGCACAAGUUGUUGACGAACGUCACCUACAUCGGGAAGGUCCGCUACAAGGCCGAGGUCCAUGAUGGUGAGCACCAGCCGAUUGUGGAUUCUGAGGUGUUCGAACAAACGCAACGCGUAUUGAACCGGAACGGGCGUGACGGUGGUCAGGCUGCCCGAAACAAGCACGGUGCACUAUUGCGGGGCUUGCUUCACUGCGCGAGUUGUGGCUGUGCGAUGACUCACAGUUUCACGACUAAAGGAAAGCGGCGAUAUCGCUACUACCUCUGCACGAACGCUCAGAAGCGUGGCUGGCACGUCUGCGAGACACCCUCGAUACCCGCGGGUGAAAUCGAGCGGUUCAUCGUCGAUCAGAUCAAAUGCAUCGGCCGAGAUCCGGCCCUGGUGGCCGCCACGUUGAAAGAGACAGCCAGGCAGACCAAAGAGGCCGUUCAACGCCUAAAACACGAGAGGACCGUUUUGGGACGCCAACGACGGGCAGAUGAGGAGGACUUGCAUCGCCUCGCGGGAUCACCGGUCGCGAACGGCGAACUGCAUAGGUUGGUUGAACUACAAGAGAGGAUUGGAAAGGCAGACCAGCGACUGAGUGAAAUCGAAGUUGAACUGGCGCGUUUGAUUUCGGCUGAGAUCGACGAGGCAGACCUCGCGACUGCACUGGCUGAUUUCGAUACCGUCUGGGAGGCGCUGAAGGCGCGCGAGCAGGCCAGGAUAUUCGAUCUAUUGAUUGAGCGGAUCGACCAUGACGGGAAGGCAGGGAACAUUUCGAUCCAGUUCCAGGUGACAGGCAUUAAGGCAUUAGCAGAAGAACUAGCUAUGGAGCAUGCGGCAUGA